AUGGCGAAGCAGGAUCGGUUGCAGCAGUUGGAUGCGUUGGUUAAACGCAUGAGGCGUAGCCAGACGCUGUCGCCAGGGGAAGCUGCCAAUGUUCAGAAGGAGCUGAUUGGCCUGGCAAAGAGGUGCUGGCCAGAAGACGAGGAGGACGACGAUGAAGAGAACGAUGGAGACACGCACACGACGCAGAGCUUCGAUCGGUUGGAAGAGGUCCUCCUGAAGCUCUCAGCUGCCGACCAGGAGGCGAUCGUGGCUGCUUUCCGACCUCUGCGUGCUGGCGUUUCACGCCGCCUUUCAGAGUGGACGCAUGCCCUGAACGACUGGCUUAGCGAGGCCGGGGCCGGGCAUGCACAGGCACAGCAUCUUGCAGAACUCCUUCGUGAAGUCGACAGCUCUCCGCAGUCUCGAUGGUAUCGCCAGUGCAUGAAGCCUCGGGUCAAAGCGAAGUUUCUGAUGGCCAUUGCCAGUCUUGCACGGGCUUUGAUCCGUGGCAGUUCCUUGCUGAAGCCCUUAGUCGCAUCCCAUCCGGCCAUUCUGUCGCUGGCGAAGAAGAUCGUCGGCAGGCUCUUUGUGCAGCCUGGCUAUGGCGACACCCUGGAGAGGUGGCACGAGGGCCGGCUGGCCGUCUACAACGCGACGAUCUCCUUGGCCGCACAGCGGGCGCUCCAAGUGGACAAGCUGAAGGACGACCUGCAGGUGUCCCUUGUCUCGGCAGUGAAGCGCUCGGCCAACCCUUCAGAGGAUGGCAAGGCCAAGGCAUCUUUGCAGCUCCAGCUGAGAGAGUGGCCGAUGUCGGGGUGCCCUUUGGCCCGAGCUCUCUUGGACUUCCUGAAGUCACGGGGAGCCGAGCUGGGGGACUUGGGUCGACCGAGUCUAAGGGAGUGUCCGCCACAUGCGCUGCAACCCGAGACCUUACGACAGUUGCUCUCACGCUUGGAUGCUUUUGAGGUUGCGGAUGGCAUCGUGCGACUCCGCUUCGAGGCCGUGGCCGCCUUGGCCUUCAAAGCAGUGGGGACGAAGCCGAAGGCUUCCUCUGUGGUUCCACCGAUGCUUCCUGCCAAAACCCAGCCAGCCCAGAUUGCCCAGGCCACCCAGGCCCAGGCCGCGCAAGCUGCCCAGAUUGCCCAGACGCAGGUCGCCAAACCAAAGGCUGAGGGCGGCCUCCCCCAGGACUCGGACUUCAAGAUCGAUCUUUCGGAUGUCAACUUGAUGAUAAAGCUCAUCAAAAGUGGCCUGCGCGCUGGGGACGAGGAGUGGCGGCAAGCUUGGACGCAGUUUUGUUGGAAGAAGGACCUACGGCCCAAGCUCUCCAUCAGAAACAAAAUUAGCCCUCCGAAAGAGGCUCUGGCUGCAUUCUUGGAGGCCAACCUUUCCAAGCUCCGGUCUUCUUUCUGGGCGGAUGCCUCCCGCUCCCGAUCCGAUCUGGAGCGCCGCCGGCGCCGCGAGCGCCAGGAGCCUCGGGAGCGCCAGGAGCCUCGGGAGCGCCAAGCAGAGCUGUCGGAGUCCUUCUCCAGCUCGUUCUCUGAGUCCGAACGCUCCCGACGUCGUAAGAAGCGACGCAAGGAAAAGAAAGGCCUCAUGGGCUAUGCCGACUUCUUUAACUCCAAGUCCAAGCACAUGACGCCGGAAGUGAUGAUGAUGAGAGCCCAAAUGAUGGGCUUCUCCAUGGUCAUGGACAGCCCGCUGGCCAUGAUGGGCAUGCGAGCUCCGAUGAUGACGCCCUCAAUGACACCCAUGUUGCCGCGGCCCGAGGCUGCACCAGGCCGCCCUUAUGGUAGCGCUGUGGCACCACUGCUGCCACCACCCCCGCAGACGCCGGCGGCACCGGCACCGCCGUCCACGCCUGGCAGCCCGCCGCCUCCAGCGCCCCCGGCGCCGCAGCCCGCAGCUCCUUCGCCAAGCUCCAACUCCGCCAACUCCGCCAACUCCAAGCCACCGUUGCCCAAAUCGGUCGUGGCGGCACGGAAGCAACAGGAGUCGACCAUCGACAUGGAUGAUCUCUGA